AUGAAAGGAGUACAUUGUGCUUCUCUCCUGAUACUCCGCUUCUCUUUGCCUGCAGCAGAGCAGUGCGGGACCAUCGGAUGCUGGCGAUGCGAUGUCCAUGGUGCGUGCAUUCAAUGUUGGCAAUCAUGGAAGCUGGUGAAAGGAGCUGGAACCUGUGAGAUGUGUGGCGUUACCGGGCGAUGUUCUGAUGGGUGCGCCAGUGGAUACGUUGAGGAUCCUGAUGAGCUGGGUUCCUGCAAGGCGUGCGCAGACAACUGCGCUGGGUGUGCAUUGUCUGGUCCGGGGAAGUGCGAUCCUGGCAUGUGCCGUCCUGGCUUUACUGUAGCAUCUGGAGGCUGUACAGCCUGUGUCAAGAACUGCGCCGAGUGCACUGACUUGAGGACAUGCUCGCUAUGCACACAUGGCUACACCCUCAGCGCGGAUGCUUCGUCAUGCCUGCCAUGCGGCCGCUUCUGCAACAAUUGUACCAGCCCAAGUCGAUGCAGAGCAGGCGGGUGCUGGGAACGUUUUGGUGUGGACAGUGCAGGCGAGUGCAAGAGGUGCGAUGCGUCUGGCUGCCUGAAGUGUGACGUGCGGGGGCCCGGGACCUGCGACCAGGUGGCUUUCUGUGCUUCAGGGCAUCCUGUGGGGUGGACUUUGUCCAAUGGAAGCUACGGAAGCUGUGCAAGAUGCUCUCCACAUUGUCACAGCUGUGGAAUUGCAGGACCCGGAAGAUGUGAUGCUGCCGGGUGUGCCUUCGGCUUUGGGAUCGCUCAGGGCAUUUGCUCUCGCUGCAGAUGGCCUGGCAGAUGUCGAGAUUGCGAUGUGCCUUGGCGGUGCAAGGAGUGCGUGCCUGGCAAGCACUUGACACCUGAUGGCCAGUGCGUCACCUGCGCCGCAAACUGCCGCACCUGCAGCGAGGAGGGGAUGUGCGACAAAGCUAGCUGUGGAAGAGGCUACGGCCUCACGCACGAGAGCCUGUGUGAGCCAUGCGCAGAUCACUGCCACUCCUGUGCAAAUGCUGGAGCCGGUAGGUGUGACUCCGGUUCUUGCGCGUUGGGCUUCGGCCCGAGUGAGAAUCAGACGUGUGAGGCGUGCGCCGAACACUGCGAGUCUUGCAAUCAGGCCGGCUCGCGCCUCUGUGACCUGGGACGCUGCAAGGCAGGAUACGGCCUUGACGCCUUCGAAUGCAGGCCGGAAUCUGUGUCCCGAGCCUCCCUUGGGCAUGUGCGGGAGGCACUGCCAAAGGCAGAGGAGGCCAGGGGGACGCUGGUUGUCCCCAUGGCGGUUGUGAACGGCAGCGAUCACUGCCUUGGUCUCCUGGACGUCGAGCGAGGGCAGCUUGUGGGCACCCCAAAGUUUUGCAUGCCCUGGGACAACACGGUCGGCCUCCAAUGCAGCUUUGACAGCCACCGUGGGAUGCUCCACUUCCAUGAGAACAGCUUCCUGCGGAGGAUCUCCUUGGAUUCCUGGAUUCAAGUGGCGCACCAGCCGUUGGGCUCGCACCUGCAUGUUCUGUCCUUUGACCCCAGCAUCCCCGACCUCGUGGGCGUGAUCCACGUCUUCGAGGCCAAGAUGUCCUACGUCGUCUCAGUGUCCGAGGACGCAUCCCUCUCCUUCUGGUCUAGCCAGUGGCACUAUGACCCGACCUGGGGCUACAACACCAUGGCGGCAUGGCUUGGGCGAGUCAUUGUGCCAACGAGCAAGUUAGCCUUCCGAAGCGUCCAUCGUGCUGCGGCCUUUGAACCGCCCGGAGUCACGAUGAGUGGCGUUGCUUCCAUGAUUGCCACGCGCUUCGAUGAAGAGACUGGCGACAUGUGGGCCAUAGGUCGGAACACGAGCGUGGGUGAAGCUCGUGACGCUGAUGAGUUGUUCUUGUACCGCCUGGAGUUUCAGCCACCUGACGGCCUUAGUGGUCUUGGCGGCCGGGAUCGCGUUGCGAGCGCUACCCGCCGCUGCGCGUUGCCGGGCUUGCAAGGGGUCUUUGAGGGAGAUCGAGGUACGUACAGCUUCCUAGCGCAAGGGCAUCUUUACGUCGUAGCUGCCCCAUCCGAGCAUCACAUUCGAGAUACACUCUGUCGUAUCAACAUACGCGACUGCAGCAUGCACAUCUACAAUUACUCGUUGCGCAAGAAUCUGAACAACGACUGGACCUGCAUUGCGGACAGAGCCGGCUUGCUGCUGGAUGGUGUGAUUCAUCCAUUGUCGGCGCUGCCAGCGCCUGUCGAGGUGGAAGCUCCACCCGCUGGAGUCCCAUCAGGCUAUGGCUGCCAUCGACACCCGCAGCAAGGCAUGUAUGCUCAAGCAGAGUACCAGUUUCGACACGUCAACCAAAAGUGUCUCGGUCGCCUUGCGUCCUCCUUUACUCCCGAUAAAAGCCGUGGCACUUGCCUGGAAGCUGCUGAAGCUUUCGCGAGUGUAUGUGAGGAGAUAAGCGGGAAACUGUGCAAGCUGACGAUCAGAUCAGGGGCUUCCUUGUCCUGGACUCGUGAGACGGUCGACUGCGUGCCUCGUGCAUGCACGGUGCUGGAUUUGCACCGACUGGCACAAGAAGACGAGGUUAUUUACCGGUGGUGCCCGACUCUACCUUUGAUGUCUGGCCAGUUCUUGUACCAGUGCCGCCUCCAAUUCAGCUGUUCAAGCACAUUUCGGCAGAAUACUACAGUAUCUACAAUCACGACUGCAACUCCAACCAUCACUCCAACACCCACUGCAAACCUCAGCCGUGGCGGUGCAAAGCCUGUCUUUGAGGCAGCUGGGCUUGUGGAGCCCGUGCCCAGCACGUCAGGUGAGACUCCAGAUACUCCACAUCACUUCUCCAUUCUGGCCGGUGGUACAGGACUCCCCUUUGCCUUCAUGUGCAUCCUUUUCGUUGGGAUGGCUUGGUGCUGUUGCUGGCGUUCGAUUCUAUCCCGAGCACGUCCUCAACUUCGUGACAUGGCUUCAUUUGAUCACGAGCUGGCGGCGGGGUUGACGAUGGAUUUUGAUGCCGAUAUGCCUCAGACGGCAGCGUACAUGGAGAUUGAGGAAGAAAAGGAGAAGCCAGUCGCUAGACGCGCUCUUCCUACCACGUAG